AUGUCCAGGAAGUAUAAAUUUUCUGCUACCACCGCUUUAAAGAUGUGGUGCACUCUGCCAAAGCUUCUCAUAUUCUUCUUUGUUUUCGCCAUCUUUUCUUUGAACUCAGUUUCAUCCUCUGCUACACCUGAUGAACUCACUUAUGCUGAUCACUGUGCUUCAAUUGUUCCUGAGUCAAACCCGAAAAGAUAUGCUGCAUUAGAUUCCUCUGUCUUUCACCAUACAGGUUUCUAUAUUGGCGGGGGCAGUGGUGGUGGCAUUCGUAGUCCAAGACCAGCACGUCAACUUCAUUAUGAGCACCCAAAUCCAAUUGAAUUCAAUGCCUGGAGUGUCAGAGAAACUGACAUACAAAACUUAUUCAAUGUUCAAGGAAGUCUUGAAUUUGAGAGAGACAAUUACCAUCCUGGAAACGUCAGAAGUCGCGAGCCUCAAAGUUCGGUGAGGUUUGAACUUAGUGGGUUCUGGUCAAUAUCUUCUGGAAAGCUUUGCAUGGUUGGAUCAGGUUCUAUUUACUUGAAACAAGGUGAUCUGCUUAUUGAUGUUCCUGCUCUUCUGAAGUUGAAUAAUCUCAUGAAUUUCACUAGUAUUUCAAGUCUGAUUAGUGGAACCUUAGAGAGCUUGACCAGUUCUCAGAAAGAUCCCAAUUAUUUUGAACCAAUCUCUAUGCUGAUACUUCCUCGUAUAAACUACCAGUACACUUUGGUUUCAAAUAUAUCUGAUGAUGACAGCUCUUCUGGUGGAAGUGAUGCCCUCUUGGGUUCUUUGCAGAUGGAGAAGUUUUGCUCUGCAUUCUCAGGAGUAGUACCAGUCCAUGAAUUUGAUCUCAAGUAUUUGAGCCAUUGUCUUUCUGCAAAGAACUGUACUACUCCACUUUCUGUGUCUGGUCUUUUGCCUCGCAUUGUCGCAUUAAGGGAUAUUGAGUGUUUGGAAGAUCAAAGAAGGUUGAGAGUUCUGGUAGAAUUUUCAGACAAGACCAAACACUGGUAUCAUAGGGCCUUAUAUCCCAAUACAACCUUUGUUGGAGAGGGGUCAUGGAAUGCAAAGAAAAAUCAGCUACAUGUGGUUGCUUGUCGAUUCUUGGAUGCAACACAUCUUGUCAAUAAUUCUCAUGUGGGUGAUUGUUCAAUAGGACUGAGUUUGUCAUUUCCUGGAAUAUGGACAAUUGGAGAUACCAGAAGCACAGCAGGGCACAUUUGGAGCAACAAAACUGUCACAGAAUCGGGCUACUUUGAGAAUAUAACAUUUGAAAGUCAUGAGACUUAUGUUGGAGGUGUUCUACUUAAAGGUCAGAAAUAUGAGUAUACCCAAAUUGACAAAGUAACCAAGUUGUGCCCCAGAAGAAACAGGACUGCUGCUAAUGCUCAGAACACCAACUUAUCCCCAAAUCCAUUUCCUUAUGGUUUGAGAUUUAAUAUGGCUGCUAGAAAAUCUGAAGGGGAAGUUGAAUGGGGUUAUUUCUCUCCUCUUUCUGUUGGAAAUCAAUUGUAUGGACCGGAAUCAUAUUCAAUUAGAGAUACAGACUCAAUUGAGUAUAACAACAGCAGCCCCUACAGUAUUAGCUACCAAAUAUUCAUCGAUUUGGGCAGUACAUCAGUUACAAAUCUGAUUUCUGCUGAAGGGAUCUAUGAUUAUACAGAAGGAAGCCUGUGCAUGGUAGGCUGCCGAAAUGUGGGCUCAACAGAUCAGCAGCCAAUAAAUGAUUCUGUAGAUUGUGAGAUUCUACUCAAUUUUCAGUGGCCUCCAAAUCCAGCGAGGAAGAAUUCAGGUUUCUUCAAGGGAAGCAUUGUAAGCACACGGGAAAAGUCUGAUCCUCUUCAUUUUGAUCAUAUAGAAUUGUCUCCAGCUCACAGUUUCAUAGCUGAUUCCUAUCGAAGGGUGGAGGUCGAGGUCAUCUUGAUUCUUAUGACCAUCACGCUUGCAUGUGUUUUUGGGGCAUUACAACUUUUUCAUGUGAAACGGCAUCCGGACGUGCUUCCAUCCAUAUCAAUCUUAAUGGUAGUAAUUCUAACCCUUGGCUACAUGAUACGUCUUAUGUAUUACUUUGAAGCGAUCUUCAUGGAUAACACUGAUCACCAAAACCCUUUUCUUGGAAGUGGUGGGCGGGUUCAACUUUCUCAGUUCAUUGUAAGAGUAAUAACAGUACAAACAAUGGUAGCUUUCUUGCUGCAAUUGCGCCUUUUGCAGAAAAUUUGGUCAGCAAGAUCCACUAAAGGAAUCUAUAAGCAGCUUUGGGAUGUGGAGAAGAAGGCUGUAUCAAUAUAUGCCAUAGGGGUUUUAGUUGCUAUGGUGCUGCUGAUGAGUUCAAAGCUUCAAGAGCAUUCUAUGUUGGGUUUUGGCGGCUGUGGUGCUUAUGCUGGUUUAGUAGUGGAUGGUUUUCUGUUGCCUCAGAUUUUACUCAACAUGGUCUACAAAUCGAAGGAAAGAGCUCUGUCAGUUUCAUUUUAUACUGGAACAACUUUUGUUCGAGUCCUGCCACAUGCAUAUGAUCUUUACAGGGUUCACAUCUCUGGUGGGGUCUUGGCAGAGCCGUACAUCUAUGCAAGUCCUCUUGUUGCUUUUUACUCCACUGCUUGGGAUGCCAUCAUUCCUAUCGGAGGUCUACUGUUUGCUGUCAUCAUUUUCUUGCAGCAGAAGUAUGGGGGUCGUUGCUUUCUUCCUGAAAAGUUAAGAGAGUCGGGUGCAUAUGAGAAAAUUCCAGAAGUAAUUGAAGCCUAA